AUGGCUGACUCUCACUCGUCUGGCUCUGUGGGAAGCUACAACAGCAGCUUUCCCACCACCAGUGCAUGGAACAUCACUGGCAGCGGCCCGUGGCUGUUGGCCUUCAUGCUGACUGCCAUCAUCCUCAUGACAGUCUGUGGCAACAUGUUGCUCAUCGCUUUGGUGUUCGCCCAUCGCUCUUUGCGCUGCACCUCAAACUGCUUCUUGGUGUCUUUGUUCCUGUCUGACCUAAUGGUGGCACUGGUGGUGAUGCCCCCAGCCAUGCUCAAUGUGCUGUGUGGGGCCUGGGUGUUGUGGCCCGCAUUUUGCCCGAUUUGGCUUUGCUUUGACGUGAUGUGCUGCAGCGCAUCCAUCCUCAACCUGUGUGUGAUCAGCCUGGACCGUUACCUCUUCAUCAUCUCACCGUUGCUCUACAAGCAAAGGAUGACCCCACCUCGGGCGUUACUCCUCGUGGGAGCUGCUUGGGGGCUGGCAGCACUGGCCUCCUUCCUGCCCAUUGAGAUGAGAUGGCACAGCUUAGGCCUCGGGAGUGGACACUCACCUGUUCCGGGCGUCAGCAGUAGCAACAUCAGCUCCUACUCUGACACACUGUAUCCAGCGUCCUACUUUCAGCUGUCACCAGCAGGAGGCCUUUCCUUCCAGUGCCGCCUGCGGGUCACCCUGCCCUUUGCUCUCGUGGCAUCUGUGCUCACUUUCUUUUUGCCCUCCAGCGCCAUUUGUUUCACCUACUGCCGGAUCCUUCUGGCAGCACGGAGACAGGCAAAGAGGGUUGCAGCUCUGAGUCACCCACCGCACCCACACCCCUCUCUUGGGGAACCGUCCAGGCCUCCUUCACCUGGGAUCGCAGCCGCACAAGCACAGCGGGAUGGAGAUGAUUGUGGGUACCAGGAACCUCCUGUGUCACAAAAUGCACCGUCAGUGAACAGUGAGCGCCGUCUGGCUCGAAGGCAGGGCCGGAGGGCACUGAAGGCCAGUCUGACACUGGGAGUUCUCCUGGGACUCUUCUUCAGUGCUUGGCUUCCCUUCUUCAUCACCAACAUGGCUCAGGCAGUGUGCGAGUGCGUCCCCCUCGCCCUCUUCGACGCCAUCACCUGGUUGGGCUACUGCAACAGCACAAUGAACCCCAUCAUCUACCCACUGUUCAUGAGAGACUUCAAGCGAGCUCUAGGUAAGCUCUUACCCUGCUGCUCCUCGCAGUCGCCAAGGAGACCCUCGCCGGCCCUCUCCCUCUCUCUGCGCAACUCAGGAGAGCCCAACAUUGCCAGCACCUCGCCCUCUCCCCUGGCCUCUGACCCCACACACCCCCCCGCCACCGCCACUGAUGCUGUCAACCUGGUCGAUGCCGAGCAUGCUGGGAUUGAGUUGCCUCUGCUUCUCCCCAAUCAGGUUGAAACCCUGGAUUGA